AUGCCUAUCCACACGUCGCCGUUCCCUACCACACACGACACAAUCGGCGCAUCAACACUGAGUUCUCCAGUUCAGGUACCAUCCUCACCACCGUCGCCGUCACCUCAAUCGCGCCGUAACACAGACAACAAUCAUGGAAACAAUGGACAGAACAACCAGUUAACGUCUGCGUCGAAUGACGUCGCCACAUUUGAUCUCGACAGACGACUCUCACAAUACGCCGUCGACUUUGACAAGUUUCCCGGAGGAAGCAAAGAAAAUAUCGAGGACAUAUUUGAAGAUGAAAAUCAGGGACCUGAAUUUGGCGGACCGGAAGAUUUCACUAUGAACUUGGAAAAGUAUUUAAAUGGAACGGCGUCUCCAGAAGACAGAAAGCAGCAAGACGAAGAUGAAUCAGACUCAGAAGAAGACGCACUCCCGGAGUAUUCGCCGUCGCCGUCGCCGCGGGCCCGACAUCACCAUAGUCAGAACCAAGAGGAAGGCGAAGAAAGCGAAUUCGGCCCGCCGGUAGACAUUUCCACACCGUCGCACCUGAUGUGGAGGAAGAAUUAUGGUUCGGCAAAAGAGGAGACACGCUUAGAAUUGGAAGACAUUGAAGAAAGCCUGCCUAGCUCUCCUGAGAAGGAUGAUAGUCCUUCCAAGAACGGGAAGGAAAGUGGCAUGGAAGAGAGCCGGACUUUUACGACUGUGCUACGAGAGAUUGAGGAUUUGCAUGAGCAGCGGCGGGAGCGGGAUGAAAAGAUCGAAGAGAACCAGAAGCAACUGGCAUCUGCGAGAGAAGAGAUUGAGAACCUCCGGGCUGAACUGCAGCUCAAGGAUUCUUUGUUGUCAGAGGCUAACGGCAGAUUGGGCGAGGAGGAUGUGCUACGAGAACAGCUCCAAGCUUUGCAGCUAAAGACCGACGAGAAGGGUACAACUAGCGAGGAUGAUGCAAAAGAAAUCGCAAAACUCCAGAAGGAACUGAAGGAUGCACGAGAGCAGUUGGAAAAACGAGACGAAGCUUUGGAAGAUAGUGGCACAAAGCUACGCGAGCUGACUGCGAACAUUGAGCUUCAAUUGCGUCAGAAGAACUCUGAGAUUGAAGACCUCAAAGCGCAGAUUGAUGAAAAGGAAAUACAGAUUGCAGAUGCUGACGAGGAAAUGGCGGAAGUUCAGCGACAGUUUGAUAUCUUCAAAGAGAGGAUCGAGUCUCUGGAGACGCGCAACAGUCCUCUCGAGGAGAAAAAUAUCAUGCUCGAAAAAGAGUUGAGCGGUGUGAGAGCCGAGCUCGCUUCGCAGAGAAACGCCGUCUUGACGAUGGCAGUUGACUUGUCCAUUGAGGUCCAAGGCAAGGACUAUAACGAAGUUAUCCAAAGUCUUCAACAGCAAUUGGAAGAAUUGAAAGAAUCUAGUCACGGCAAUGGAAAAUCUCAUGUAGAAGAAGAACUUCGGAACAAACUAGACCAAGCGCAAUCUGCACUGCAAAGAUCCAUUAGCGAGAAGGAAGUCGCCGAGACCGAAUGGCAUCGAUCAAAGGAUCUACUCGCUGAAACUCGCAGUCUUAUCACAACAAUAGAAGGAGAAAACACUCGAUUGACAGCACGGGUACAAGAGCUCAGCUCCAACCUCGCCAAAACCCGCGAGGAAGUAGACCGUCUGAAGGAGCAACAUCGACUUGAAACGAUUUCCACUACUAUUCAACAAACUCCAGCGCAACCAAGCGCCAGCGCUCCGGAUAGGACAAAUGAACUCCGCGAAGCCCACCGCCUUGAAAUCCAGAAUCUACGCGAAAUAAACACGACCUCUAUCAACGACCUCCGCGCCUCCUACAACGACACAAUCCAGCACCUGCGCGCCAUGCUCUCCACCUCCGAAAAGCGCGCAACCCAGCUACACAACCAACUCCUCGAAACCCAAUCAACAACAGCCAUCCAAUCAAACGAAAUCCUCUCUCUGAGGUCAGAAAUUGAGGAUCUACAAUCAACCCUCGCUCUUAAAGAAGAAACAUCCGCCGAAAUGGAUAAAAUGAUUGCCAAAUCGAUCGAGAAACGAGAACGCGAGUGGGAGCGCAGGACAGAGUUGUUGCUCAAGGAGAGGGAUAAAAUGGGUAAAGCGCUGAUGUGGGCUUGGGGCGAGAAGGAGGUUGGUAAACCUUCUUCUUCUGAAAGGACGAAGAGUCGUGAUAAUGCUGGUGGUGGUGCGACCGGGGAGGGGUCUGGUUCGGAGGAGAAGAAAGCCAGGCAGGGGUAUCGGUACAAGUAUGUCGUGCGAUCUUGA